AUGGAUGCAUUAGUAAAGAAAAGAAGCACAAUCAAGGCACAACUAACAAGAUUUGGACAGUUCUUUGACAAUUCCAUUAAUUCUCCCGGAUUUUUGAAUGAACUAUACGUCAGACUUCCCAAGGCAGAGCAACUUCUUGACAAAUUCGACCUCAUCCAACAUGACAUUGAACUGGAGGAUGACGAGGAUGCCCAACAGGUAGAAAGGGAAACCUUUGAAUCGACUUUGAAAAUAAUAGGUAAGGCCAAAUCAUUCACAACAAACAAUCAGGAGAAUACUUCAAUUCAAAUGAAAACUUCAGAUAGGGUUUCAGGGCCUAAACUAAACCUACCGGUAUUAAAUCAGCCAUCCUUUGAUGGAUCUUUUGACGAUUGGUUUCCGUUUUCUGAUAUGUUUUGGGUGGUGAUCCAUAACAAUGAAUCUCUAACAGACAUUGAAAAAUUGCACUACCUUAAAUCUUGUUUGAAAAAGGAAGCGUUUGACGUAAUUUCAUCUUUGGAGUUGACUUCCACUAACUAUGCAGUAGCUCGGAACCUCAUUCAAGAGACAACAACAAAACAUUAA